AUGUCCCAUGCGCCCCACCCUACAACCCGCCUCCAUCUAGAUAGCAAUCAGAUACCUCUGUUUAGUCUCAACGCCGUGAAAACAGCUCUACUCGGUCUUGUGGAUCAAGAGCGGCCCAAAAGGCCCGCUUCGCUUUGUGCUUUUUUCUAAUCCACACUUGUUCGACCCAGCCUUCCACCACUUGUCUCAGAAAUAUGGACGGAACUAUCCUUUCCCAUGCUUCUAGCAAUAUCACUGGUACAUAUGAGGACAAACUAC